AUGGCUUUAAGUCCCGAGCCCCCCGCCAUUAAGCUCCAGCCAGACUUUUACAUCUCCGCUCACGCCAUACAGCUAGGGCAAAACAUCCACGCCUUAGACCUGCUGCAAGGCUCAAGUCCAGGCGAAGCGUUCCAGGAGCGACAGUUCCUGGACCUGGGCUGCGGAACCGGAGACUUCACGCGUGACCAUCUCCUUCCCCGCUGCAGUCCAUGCAGACGGAUGGUCGCCGCGGACGUCUCGUUGGAGAUGAUAGAGUUCGCGCGGAAGCAUUUUCCCCACCCUAAGAUCUGCUACGACCUGCUGGACAUUUCGGCGAGUGAAGUGACCGGCUUUGUUCUGAAAUACGGCCAGUUCGACCGCGUGUUCUCUUUCUUCUGCUUGCACUGGAUAAAGGACCAGAAAACGGCCAUGACGAACGUCGCCGCGUUGAUGAAGCCCGGCGGAGACUGCUUGCUUCUCUUCAACGCUUAUACCCGCGUGACGCUACUACGCAGAAAGCUGGCGAGGAUGGAUCAUUGGAAGAAAUACGCGAAGGAGUGCGAGAGGUCUGUGCCCCCAACCGUCGACCUGGUGGGGAAGGGCAAAGAUGCUCUCAUGUCGUACGUGCAAGACCUCCUGAGGUCCGCCGAUCUUACGCCAAUCACUUGCGACGUGUGGCCAUGGCCGUCGGAAAACGACACCUUAGACAAGACGAUAGAAAAGAAGAUGGGCUACUGCCUCCUUUCAACCCUUGUCACGGAAGAAGACAGGCCCGUUCUCAUCCAAGAUGUCACCGAAUACGUAAAGGAAGCUAUGGCCCAAAAAGAAGCGGGAUGCCUGACACCCGAAGGCGAAAUAUUUUUUGUGCACGCGUGCAAACCCUGA